AUGUUCAAUUCUCCUCGACGAUGGGUCCUCAUCGUCUCGCCGCUCCUUACCCUCGCCCUAGUCUUUUACCUGCUCAACCCUACCACACCUGCCGCCGUUGACAAUGCCGCAUACACCCACUCCGACGAAGGCCAGAUCGUUCUGGAGGGUCAUCAGAAACCCCCGUCUGGCGGCUCCGGUCCGAAACUGCCCAAGCCCAACAAAAAGCUGCAGGAGGAGGACAAAUGCGGACACAUCCGUCGGGACAUGGACGAUGUCUUUGUGGUCUUGAAGACAGGCGCCACGGAGGCCCAGCAAAAGGUGCCGACGCAGCUGCGGACGACGCUGCAGUGUGUUCCCAACUACGCGGUCUUCUCCGAUCUGGAAGAAACCAUCGCCGGCGUACAGACCUACGACGUGUUGAACAAUGUGACCGAAGAGACCAUGAUGAACGAGCCCGAGUUUGCAAUCUACCACCGUCUGCAACAGGUCGGCCGUGAAGGCCUGACCGACGAAGAAUGGGGCGACCACGAGAACGGUCCGUUCGGCAAAACCAAUAACCCCGGCUGGAAGCUCGACAAGUGGAAGUUCCUGCCCAUGAUUGACGGGGCGCUGGAGGCCAUGCCCGACGCCAAGUGGUACGUCUUUGUCGAAGCGGAUACCUACGUCGUCUGGCCGAAUUUGAUUAAUUGGCUCGCGCACCUCGAUCACACUCGCAGCUACUACAUCGGUAGUCCGAUGCAGAUUGGCGAUAUCCUAUUUGCGUAUGGUGGAUCGGGUGUGAUUCUGUCUGCGCAGGCCAUGAAACGUCUGCAGGGCUACCGCCGCGAACACCAAGCCGAGCUGGAGAAGAUGACAGCCGAAGAAUGGGCGGGUGACUGCGUGCUCGCCCGCGCGCUGGACAACAUCCGCAUCCCACUGACCUGGGCCUGGCCGAUGAUGCUGACGACUCGCCCGUGGGAAAUUGAUCAUUUCUCUGAAGGAUACGGUCGUCAACCAUGGUGCUACCCGGCCGUCUCCUACCACCGCAUGAGCCCGCGCGAUAUCGAGGAGAUGUGGCAAUUCGACCGGGACUGGUUCCGAAGUGGAAAAAACGCCCUCCUUCUCCACGCUGACGUCUACCGCGAAUUCAUCUACGACGGCGACCUCACCGGCCGCGAAGACUGGGACAACAUGUCUUCCAUGGACAUUAUCUUCGACGAACCCACCAUUCCGUCACUGGAUAGCUGUGCCGACGCCUGCACGCAGAACCCCGAGUGUCUCCAGUACACGUGGCAUGAGCGCGAGGGCAAUUGCAAGCAUGCCUCAACGACGUUUCACGGUUUGGCGAGCAAUGGCACGUAUUCGGGGUGGAUAAAACCGCGGGUGCAGAAGUUGUUGAGGAACUUUCAGUCUUCUUGUCCUCAGGUUGAGUAUAUUUUUGAUUAA